AUGUUGUCGGCCGUGUGCAAGGCGGGCCGCGCUCCUGCCGUCCUCCGUCAUGGUCGCCGCAUCCCAGUCACGUCCUCUCAACUGAGGUCCCUGACCGCUGGCACCCAAAAUGGCCUCUUCCGCACACAAGCCGAGUCUACUAUCACCGCUCGGUUGAGCCAAAAACGCCUGUUCUCUGCUUCCAGGGCCCUCGCGAGUGCCGGCGCGGCGCAACCCGCUCCGGAUCCGAAGGCUUACCUCGCGAGCGGAGUGGUAAAACCCAAGGAGCACGUCGACGUCAAGAAGGUUCUCGUCAUUGGCAGCGGUGGUCUUGCCAUUGGCCAAGCCGGAGAGUUCGACUACUCAGGAUCGCAAGCCCUCAAGGCCCUCAAAGAGGCUGGCGUGGCCUCUGUGCUUAUCAACCCCAACAUCGCUACCAUCCAAACGAACCACACCCUCGCCGAUGAAGUGUACUACCUCCCCGUCACCCCCGAGUACGUCGAGUAUGUGAUCCAGAAGGAAAAGCCCGAUGGCAUCUUCCUCUCCUUCGGUGGCCAGACGGCCCUCAACCUCGGUGUCCAGAUGCAGAAGCUCGGCCUGUUCGAGAAAUACGGCGUCCGGGUCCUCGGUACCAGCGUCAGGACACUAGAACUCAGCGAGGACAGAGACCUGUUCGCAAAGGCCCUUGACGAGAUCAACAUCCCUAUCGCCAAGUCCAUUGCCGUCAACACGGUCGACGAGGCUCUCGAGGCCGCUAACAAGAUCGGCUAUCCCAUCAUCGUCCGCGCUGCCUAUGCGCUCGGCGGUUUGGGCUCCGGCUUCGCGAACAACGAGGAGGAGCUGCGCAACAUGGCUGCCCGGUCGCUUACUCUCUCACCCCAGAUCUUGGUCGAGAAGUCGCUCAAGGGCUGGAAGGAGGUCGAGUACGAGGUUGUCCGGGAUGCGAAUAACAACUGCAUCACAGUCUGCAACAUGGAGAACUUUGACCCGUUGGGUAUCCAUACGGGUGACUCCAUUGUCGUUGCGCCCAGUCAAACCCUGAGCGAUGAAGAGUACCACAUGCUGCGCUCCGCUGCCAUCAAGAUUGUCAGGCACUUGGGCGUCGUUGGCGAGUGCAACGUCCAGUAUGCCCUCCAGCCCGAUGGCCUCGACUACCGCGUCAUCGAGGUCAACGCCCGUCUUUCCCGCUCGUCCGCUCUGGCCUCCAAGGCUACCGGUUACCCCUUGGCAUACACCGCUGCCAAGAUUGGCCUGGGCCACACCCUUCCCGAGCUCCCCAACGCUGUCACCAAGACGACGACCGCCAACUUCGAGCCUUCGCUCGAUUACAUCGUCACCAAGAUUCCCAGAUGGGAUCUGUCCAAGUUCCAGCACGUGAAGCGGGACAUUGGCAGCGCCAUGAAGUCUGUGGGCGAGGUUAUGGCCAUCGGCCGUACCUUCGAGGAGUCUUUCCAGAAGGCCAUCCGGCAGGUUGACCCCAGGUUCGUCGGCUUCCAGGGCGAGAAGUUUGAGGAUCUCGACUACGAGCUCCAGAACCCCACCGACCGUCGCUGGUUGGCCGUCGGCCAGGCUAUGCUCCACGAGAACUACACUGUCGACCGCGUCCACGACCUCACCAAGAUUGACAAGUGGUUCUUGUACAAGCUGCAGAACAUCGUGGACUGCACCAAGGAGCUGCAGCAGGUUGGCAGCCUUCGCGGCCUCAAGAAGGAGCACAUCCUCAAGGCCAAGAAGAUGGGCUUUUCCGAUAAGCAGAUUGCUCAGGCCGUUAACAGCACCGAGGACGAGGUCCGCGCCCGCAGGUCUGAGUUCGGCAUCCGCCCUUGGGUCAAGAAGAUUGAUACGCUUGCGGCCGAGUUCCCUGCCGACACCAACUACCUCUACACCACUUACAACGCCUCGUCUCACGAUGUUACCUUCGAGGACAAGGGCACUGUCAUCUUGGGCAGCGGCGUCUACCGUAUCGGUAGCUCUGUCGAGUUUGACUGGUGUGCCGUCAGCGCCACCCUCGCCCUGCGGGAGAUGGGCGAGAAGACGGUUAUGAUUAACUACAACCCGGAGACCUAUUCCACUGAUUUCGAUACGGCGGAUAAACUCUAUUUCGAGGAGUUGAGCUAUGAGCGUGUUAUGGAUAUCUACGAGUUGGAGAACGCCAACGGUGUUGUGGUGUCUGUGGGCGGCCAGCUACCCCAGAACAUUGCCCUCCGUCUGCAGGAGGCAGGGGGCGCCAAGGUCCUCGGAACGGACCCUCGCAACAUUGACAAGGCCGAGGACAGGCAGAAGUUCUCCGAGAUUCUCGACAGCAUCGGUGUUGACCAGCCGGCGUGGAAGGAGCUCACCUCGGUCAAGGCCGCUGAGGAGUUUGCCGACCAGGUCAGCUACCCCGUUCUUGUCCGUCCCAGCUACGUGCUGUCUGGCGCUGCCAUGACUGUUAUUCGCAGCAAGGACGAGCUGAAGGACAAGCUGGAGGCGGCUUCCAACGUCUCGCCCGACCACCCCGUGGUUAUCAGCAAGUUCAUUGAGGGCGCCGAGGAAAUCGACCUCGACGGUGUCGCGUCCGAGGGCAACUUGAUCGUCCACGCCGUUAGUGAACACGUCGAGCAGGCCGGUGUCCACUCUGGCGAUGCCACCCUGGUUCUCCCGCCCGCGAAGCUGGACGAGUCCACGAUGCAGCGCGUCAAGGAGAUUGCUCAGAAGAUCGCCCAGGCUCUGCAGAUCACCGGACCGUUCAACAUGCAAAUUAUCAAGGUCGACGACCCUAACGGCGGUCUGCCGGCGUUGAAGGUUAUCGAGUGCAACCUGCGUGCUUCGCGCUCCUUCCCCUUCGUGAGCAAGGUUCUCGGUACCAACUUCAUCGACGUUGCCACCAAGGCUCUGGUCGGCAAGAACGUGCCUGAACCGACCGACCUGAUGGCCGUCAAGCGUGAUUACCUCGCGACCAAGGUGCCGCAGUUCUCGUGGACCCGUCUGGCCGGUGCCGAUCCCUUCCUCGGUGUCGAGAUGUCGUCGACUGGCGAGAUGGCUUGCUUCGGCAAGAACUUGGUCGAGGCCUACUGGUCUUCGCUGCAGUCAGCCAUGAACUUCCGUGUGCCCGAGCCUGGCGAGGGUAUCCUCUUUGGCGGCGAGCUGGGCAAGAGCUGGCUGACCACUGUUGUGGACUACCUCGCUCCUCUCGGCUACAAGCUGUACGCUGCCGACGCAGAGGUCAAGCAGUUCCUCGAGUCGACGAGCAAGCACAAGCUCAAUGUCGAGGUGAUUGAGUUCCCCAAGGAAGACAAGCGUGCCCUCCGUGAGGUGUUCAAGAAGUACGACAUCAAGGGCGUCUUCAACCUGGCCCAGGCCCGCGGCAAGACCAUCAUGGACGUCGACUACGUCAUGCGCCGCAACGCCGUCGACUUUGGCGUCCCGCUAUUCAUGGAGCCUCAGACUGCCAUGCUCUUCGCCCAGUGUAUGAGCGAGAAGCUCCCUCGCCCCGAGGGCAUCCCCUCCGAGGUGCGCAGGUGGUCCGAGUUCAUUGGCGGCAAGCCCCUGUAA